AUGUCCGCAGUACAUUCUUCUUCAUCAUUUCCUACUUUUCUUCUUUAUGAAAUUCUUUUGGACUUUCAUAAUGAUAGAAAAACUUUACAUUCCUGUAUAUUGGUAAAUAGAGCAUGGUGUCGAAUCACUAUUCCUUUACUUUGGAGAAAUCCUAUCAAACUUCUUCAUGGACCUGAUGAUUAUUAUCCUUAUCAUAAAUAUCGAAAUAAUCAUGUUAAAUUGGUAGAUACUUAUCUUCGUUAUUUAAAUGAAGAAGAAAGAACGGAAUUAGCUAAGGAUGGAUUCAUUCUUGGAAUAUCACAUACCAUAUCACCUUUAUUCGAUUAUAUUUAUUUCUUGAGAUAUGUAUCGAAUAGUGAUUUACAAAUGAUUAUUUCAAAUUUAUGGAAUAUUGUGCGUAAUAAACUUGGAAAAAAAUCACAAAUCAUUAAUUCAAGAAUUUCCACUCGGGUUUCACCUAUUACAAAUGAUUAUUAUACAGCCGAUGUAUUAUUAAAAUCGGAAACAAUUCAUCAUAUUUUAUCGAAAUUAAUUAUUAAUCAUUGUCCUGUCAUUAAACAUUUACAAUCAACUUCAACACUUUUGGGACCAAGUACUACUACUAAUAAUGAUGUAGAGAUUUUAUUAAAAUAUCCCAGAAUCAAAGAAUGUUUAUCUAAUUUAAAAAUUUUUGAAAGUCGAAGUAACUUUUAUCGAGGAACAUCUUUCGAUAUUUUAUCAGAGAUUUGUCAUGAAUUACAUACGAUAGAAGUUUCAUCAUGUAAUCCAUUACAUCUUUCAAGUGAAGAUGAAUUAGAUGAUGUAGGUGAAAUACAAGCUUUAUCAGAAUCACAAAAGUUAUCAAAUUUAAUAAGAGCACAAACAUGUUUGAGAGAAUUAAUUCUUUGGAAUUGUAAAGUUAGAAUUUUUGAUAUUAUUAAUACAUUAGUUUCGACACAACAAAAUUCAUUACGUACUUUUUCAUUUAAUCAUUGUGAUUUUCAAGAUUCCAUUUGGUUACAGGUUCUUUCCGAAUUUCCAAAUUUAGAAUCAUUAACAUUUAAUCAAUGUAUAAAUCUUUCGAAUCAAACUUCCACCAAACUUUAUUUACCAAAUAUUAAAAAAUUAAAAUUUAUUUAUGGUUAUAUUUCACCUCAAGUAUUAAUAACUUUAAUUGAAGCAACAAAGGAUAGUUUAAUAGAAUUAGAUACGGGAGUUCCACAUUUUAUAUAUAAUUGGAUAAAUUUUGAUUUGAGAAAAUAUAAUUAUUUGGAAUCAAUAAAUUUAUUUAAGCAAAUCAAAUUGUGUCAUAAUCUUACAUCACUCACUACAUAUAUUUAUACAUACACACAAGAACAAUUAUUAAAUACUUUAUUAAGUUUAGAUCAUUUAAAGAAAUUGGUACUUACAGAAAUUUGUUAUUCAAGUGAGACAGAAUCAAGAAAUUUAAUAUUAUUUUCUGAUUUUUUACCAAUAUUAGCAAGUCAUUUAUCACCAACAGUUCAAUUAUUACAUAUUGGAACUAAAUUUGGAAUAAAAAAAGAUGCAUUGGAGGGAUUUAAGAAGAAUUGUUUAAGUAAAUUUAAGAAGAUUGGAAUAUUGGGAGGAUUAAAUUGGGAUUUGGAAAAUCAAAAAGUAGAAUUUGAAGGAAUAUUUGAAAAAUGGGACAUUGAUGAUCUCAAAAGAAAUUUGAUACCUAACUAUGGUGUUAUAUUUUCUGUAUAG